CCUGGAUCGCCGGUGCCAGAAGGAAAGCUUUUGUGGAUACGGCAGUUCCCAACACGUCAUUCCCAGAUUGUAGAUUAUUGCUAUGUCACAAGGUAAAACAGUCCAUUUUGUUCGUCACUGCCAAACUACAUGGAAUGACGCCGUGCACAAUCGAAACUUGACUCGCUGUGAUGAGGAAUUGAAAUCAGAGGCCUACGUGGAUGUUCCUUUGACCGCCUUCGGCGAAGAACAGGCCAUGAUGAUAAAACAGAAAAUACUCGAUUUGAAUGCUGAAGUCGCCAUCACUUCCCCUUUGAAGAGAACAAUCGAGACCUGUAUUCGAACCUAUGGAGAUCGAAAUGUCGUGGCCACACAUCACUGCGCAGAAAUAGGAGACUCGAUUUGCGACAUCGGAACUAUGAAAGAAGACCUGGUCAAGACUUAUCCGUCGAUCGAUUUCAGUUUUGUGCCUUCAACUGUCUGGUGGUAUGUGAAUGAAAAGAUGAAAGAUCGGCUAACAAAUCCAAGAAAAUGCUUCGAAUGGGUCUUACAGAAUGAAGAUUGCGCGUUGGGAGAAACCCAUUGCCAUUUGCAUCGAAGAAUUGAGCGAUUUCAUGAGUUUCUACAAAACCGGAAUGAAUCGAAUAUUGUGGUGUUUUCUCACUCUGUGUUUCUCAAGCAAUUUCUCUUUAAAUAUUUCGGAAGACCAUCUUCGCAAGUAAUCAAAAAUGGAGAAAUUAUUUCUUACUGUCUAUAAUGAAGAAUGUAAUGAAUAUUCUUCAAACUGUUUUACAUACAUCUCUCCUUGUGGUAUUUAUAUUGAGGAGAAUUUCUUCAACAAUCACGGGAUUUGAUCUGUGGUAAUUUUCUCUUUUUCUUAUGCCCUUUAUGUUUAAUUAUGAAAGGAAUGGUUUUUAUAAGUACAUAAGAAAUAUUUAUACGUGUUUUUUAAGGGUUAGAGUCAAACUAACAAACCUGUGAACACUAGGCCCUGGGUGAGGAAGGGGGUACCCCUCAUAUGGAUUUUCCACUGUUUUGGCGUGAAAAUGGCUAUAGAUUUUCGCCUUUUAGGUCUGGAAUUGGGUAUGGUGUUUGAGGAAACUAUUUGAGAAUAUCAGUAUAUUAAUUUUUGUUGUUGCAAUUCCAAAUGAAUCAGAAAGAAAGAAUAACAUGUGAUUUUCGAAAUGGAUUGUAAGAAAUCAUUUUGUUUGAGCUCUAGUCUAAAAAUGAUGACUUAAUUUAAACUUACUACCGGUUCAAAACCUGGAUAGCUCUAUCCACUGAAUAAAUCACUAUCGAGUGGAUGAGUAUUUGGGAACCUAAUGCGUUAUUCACUGGAUAGAGAUUUCUCUAUCGGAUAGCGCUAUCCAUGGAAUGUUGUUGUAUUACUAGGAAAAGCCAAUCAGGGAUGAGGAAACUAAACUGCUUG